AUUUGCGCUGGCGGGAUCUUCACGUUCCCACUAAUGUCUCCUGCAUUGGCACAACACCUGAAGCUCACGCAGCCUCAAUUAACGACCAUAGUGCUGGCCGGCAUGGUUGGUCAAUAUCCAUUCGCAGCUGUGGUGGGGAAAGUCAUUGACCGAUAUGGCCCGUGGGCUUGCUCGCUCGUUGCGUCCUUACUAUUUUCCUCCGCCUUCGGCUUGUUUUCGCUAGAGAUCUCGAAGACGCCGGAUGAUAUCUCGCAACCUUCAUUAUCAUCGUUCGAGCGGCUCACGAUUUUAUUCUUCAUUGGGGGACUGGGCACCGUAUUUUCGUACUUCUCCGCCUUGUUUGCGGCAUCGAAGAACUUCCCAGAAUACAUCGGCCUAGCCUCGGGGGCCACCAUGGCGUUGUUCGGACUAUCCCCCCUUUUCCUCUCUUUCCUGGCGUCUGCGUUCUUCACAACACCGGAAACGGGAUUAGACGUGUCUCACUACCUGACAUGCCUUGCCAUACUUGCGGGUGUCGUGAAUUUCUUCGGUGCCCUGACUAUGGGGACCCCGCAGACGCUGGCGCAAAAGGCUCAAGAAGACGCGGACACUGAGCAGCCGGAUGAACACACACAGUUACUGCCCGGAAAGGUAUCGACGGCAACCGGCGACGUUGUUCCUGUCGAAGAAGAUGGAACAGUGCUCGAUCUGCUUAAAGAUGUCCACUUCGGGGCUCUCAUCGCGGUCGCCCUUUUAGUCUGUGGAGUCUGCGAGAUGAUAAUGUCGAAUAUGGGCACUAUCGUGCUUUCCCUUCCGUCCUAUUCAAGAUCACAAUCCCAAAUACCGGGCAUUCAAGAAGUUGGGACCGACUCCGCGACCUCUACGCAGGUCCGUCUUCUGUCACUUUCUAACACCAUAUCUCGACUGGUGGUUGGUCCUCUCGCGGACUUCGUGUCUCCUGUGGCUUCGUACCUCCCGAACGGCAACCGACAAUUCUUGCGCAAACACCACAUUAGCCGUGUCGCCUUCUUGGCGCUCGCCUCUAUAUUACUCGCGGCUACUUUCCUGGCUACAGAACUGAGAGUUCGAACGCAGCAAGAUCUUUGGAUUUUGAGUGUGGGCACUGGGAUAACAUACGGAACGACCUUUACAUCUGGACUUAACCUACUUCCAUGCAGCAUCAUCUCGUCCAUAUGGGGUCUCAAGAAUAUGGCGAGAAACUUUGGUAUCGUCUCUUAUGCGCCGUUUGUAGGCACACCAUUGUUCUCGUACCUGUAUGCAUUCGUUGCCGCUGAUCAUGCCCCGAACGGCGGUGUUUGCGAAGGGGUAACGUGCUGGGAGCUUACGUUCUGGGUUUCGGCCGGGGCUGCUCUAGUUGCGCUGGGUGUGUCUUCGUUCCUUUGGCGAAGAUGGAAAGGAAAGUUGUGA